AUGAUAUAUGUCAGGCAGGUAGAAGUGGGAAGUCAUGCACGGUCAGCCUCGUCCGGUUUACUCAUUCAUUCAUCCAUUCCGAUUCCAGUGUUAGGUCACAGGUUGAAUAUGUCUCUGGCGGCGAUCGCUGCGGCUGCCCAGGGCGUGCUGGGUCUCAAUGUGCACGAUUUCCCCAAGACGUCGUUCUCGUGCAAAGACAAGAACGCCGGCGAGUACUACGCCGAUCCUGAGCUGUCGUGUCAAGUCUACCACAUCUGUGCCGUCGGUCAAUUCAACCGACUGACGAAAAUGAGUUUCGCCUGCCCCAACGGCACGCUCUUCUCGCAGAGCUCGCGAAUCUGCAACUCCGAGGACAAGGUCUACUGCCCCCUCGCGGAGCGGUACUACGAUAAUGUUCAGGGUACCAUCGAUACCCAGGGCGACUAUAAAAGUGUUUUCCAAGUGAAGGCUCUGUUCCCUCUGGAACCUCGUCGUCCCGCCGCCGCCCGGCGACGUCCCGCUCCACAGGACGAUGAUGAUGACUACGAGGAUGAGCCGUCCUCGACAGCUACGCCCCGUAGACCUCAAAACCCUCGACGACCUCCUGCACGUCCGAGCACGACGACAGCUGCUCCCGCGAUCCGUCAACGCCCACCCCAAAGACAAUUUACUCCGCAGAUCCCAUCCAGUCAGCAGUUCCCACAGCAGAGCCCCGCUUCGCCAGAACAGCGUCCACCAGCCGGGAACUUCUUCCCGCCCAGACAGGCCGCCACCGCGAAUUCCCGCAACCCUCCACCUGCUGCCAUCGCACCGCAGCUGACUGGCGUGACGCAAUCCCCUAUUCAGUAUGCUGCACCAGACAGAGCCGCAUCUCCUGGAGCUCCUUUCAUCCCACCAGCACCGACUUCGCAAACUCAAGCCCCGAACAGACUCGUCGUGACACGUCCAAAUUUACGUCGACCCGCUCCAGUCCAAGGCGGUACGGUACCAGCGACGACGUCGACCCCGGCUCCCCGGACGACCAGCACAACACUGGAUCCUAACGCCGAGUACGAGUAUUACGAUUACGAGGAGCCUGCCGACGGUCAGCAGAAUGCCAAUAACCAAUAA